AUGUUCCCGGCAUAAAAUGUUCGAAGUUGGAGGCCACAACAAUUGUCAAUUGUAAACAUAGCUAUAUUACGUGCAUUGUUUAUUUAGUUUCAGUUUAUCGGAGAACGUCUCAUCUUUGUUGUCUUUCUCUUAGUAUGCGUCUCACAUUUGGCUAUGCUACUUAAUAAAGCAAAUUGAAAAAAAUGCUUAUCAACAAAAGUAACUGAUAAGUAUUUAUUACUACAGACAUACAAAUUGAAUUAAAGAUACUAAAAAUAAAUAUAUCCUAACUACUUGCACGAUUUUCGAAUUUUAUUUUUUUUUAAUUAAACAAUUACGGAUGGAAAUAAUAAUGGAGAAAUUAAAAGGAAAUCGUCACUCCUGCGGAAGCUAUUUUGUUGAUCACUGUAACUGUGAACUCGUUCCUGGCAAAGUGGAUAAUUUGAAAUUGAAUGAGCUAAAUGCUUUGUGUCCACAAUACUUGCAUUCAAAUAAAAUCACAAAAGGGAAUAUUUAUUCACAAAAUUCUCAAGAUUCUCAUUGCUCUAAAUCAGAUGGAAAUUGCGAUAAAUUCCAACGAUAUGCUCUCAAGACGCCAACUACAACUCGAAGAGAGUUAAGAUCUUUCUCGCAUCCUGCUAUCAAUUUUAUUUUUACUCGUGCAAAUCGGCAGGGAACUGAAGCCGAAAGAAACACAUUGUACCAUCGGGUACCGAAUCAAUUACAUACCAAAAUUGACCUUGAUCAGUCGAUAAAGGAAUCGAAUGUUCAAAGAGGAAGCAUUGAUAAAGCUGAACAAUUUUUAUCAGAGAGUGGAAUUUUGGGACCCACUAAUUUUAGUACUUCACGUGAUUUGAUUAGGAAAACAUCGAGAAUUCAUCUUGAUUUGAGUUUGAAAAGUAAAAUACGUAAAACAUCUUUAUGCCUACUAUCAAGGACUUUUGGAGAAAUGUGCCCACCAAGUACAUCACCUACACCUAAAAUAACUUUUGAAGAUUCAAAUGAGUUAAUAAUAAGAAAUAUCCAAAGGCAAGUUAAUAGCAUAAAAGGAAUAAUCGAAACUGGCGAGACAAAAAUUAUAAUGCUGCGUGCUGAAGUCAACAAAAUAAAAAGAGUGCUGCAGAAAUUGAUGUACGCAAAUUUGCAAAACAAAAUGAAAUUGCCUUUGGAGAAUCCCAAUCUGUGUGUCUUUUGCCAAGAAGAACCCGGAUAUUCGCAAGCCUUGCUACACAUUCAACCACAUACAUCGAUAAUAUAGGUUUUAUUGAGGGUAUUAUCAAUAUGAUGACUGUACAGUGUACACUUUGGUCCAAAAUUAAAAAAUACGACACAUGUCAAGACUAAAGCUACAUUUUUCCAUAAUAUUUUGUUGAUUAAAUAGUCUUUUCAUCUUUCUUAGAUCACGAAGAAUUUUAAGAGCUAGAGCUCUCAGAUUUGGUGACAAUUGAAAUGGAAAAUAAAUUAAAAAUAAAUCUUGCAGUCAAGUAGUCUCAAUAAAGUUUGCGUUGAGAUUCCA